UCCCAGCGGCUGGGAGGCUGGGCCGGGCCACAGCCCUAGUUGUCUCCUACUUUUCCUCCUUUUUCUCUUUUCUCCUCCAUCUCCUCUUUCCAGUCGCGCGGCCAUGAGUGACACUAGUUCGGCGAGCCGCCGGGACAGCCACAGAGACGACAACUCAGAUUCCAGCGUCUUUACUUCAAUGACUGUGAGCUUCCUUCAAGAGCUGCCCAGUUACAGGUCCCUUGUUCGGAGGAGGGCCACCAUACUUGGGAGGGAUAAAUCAGGAGGCACUUUGCUGAAGCCAGCCAGCUCUGAAAACAGGUCUUAUUUGGAAGCAGGAAGAUCAGAGAAGGAACACCUUGGGAGCCAGUCCAUAAGAAAAUAUGCAUUGAAUAUCUCUGAGAAGAGGAGACUAAGGGAAAUUCAGGAGGCCCAGGUCAAAUAUUUAUCCGAAUGGGACCAGUGGAAGCAGUACAGCACCAAGUCAUGGAAAAGAUUUAUUGAAGAGGCCAAGGAGCUGGCUUCCCACUUGGAACUGUGGAAAAAUGACAUUCGCAGCAUAGAGGGAAAAUUUGGCACAGGAAUUCAGUCUUAUUUCUCCUUCCUUCGCUUUCUGGUCAUAUUGAACUUGGUGAUAUUUAUUAUCAUUUUUUUGUUUAUUUUGCUCCCAAUCAUCCUUACCAAGUACAAGAUUACUGACAGCACCUUCCUGAUUGUCCCUUCUAAUGAAGUAGAUAUGCGAUGCAAAGUAUACCCAAUGAAUAGUACUGGACUCAUUUACUUCUAUACUUACAUGAUAGAUUUGCUUUCAGGCACUGGUUUCUUGGAAUGGACCAGCCUGUUUUAUGGCCAUUAUACCGUAGAUGGGGUAAAAUUCAAAAACUUCACGUAUGAUUUGCCCCUCGCCUAUUUGCUGAGCACAGUGGCUUAUUUAGCAUUGAGUCUUCUCUGGAUAGUGAAAAGGUCUGUGGAAGGAUUCAAGCAAAACUUGGUGCGAAGUGAAGAACAAUAUCAGAGCUACUGUAACAAAAUCUUUGCUGGCUGGGACUUCUGUAUCACAGACGAGACAACCGCCAAGCUCAAGCACAGCAGUAUACAGUAUGAGCUUAAAACAGACUUGGUGGAAGAAAGAAUAAGGCUAAAAGUAGCACAGAGAACUCCUGAAGAAACCUUACGGAUUUAUAGUCUCAGAAUGCUUUUGAAUGCUAUAGUUAUAACUGUACUGGCAGCAUGCUUUUAUGCAAUCUAUGAAGCAACUAUAUUCUCCCAAGAACACAUGAAAAAGGAGAUUAACAAAAUGAUAUUUGGAGAGAACCUUCUCAUCCUCUAUCUUCCCUCCAUUGUAAUUACACUGGCCAACUUUAUCACUCCCAUUAUCUUCUCCAAGAUCAUUCACUAUGAAGACUAUUCACCAGCCUUUGAGAUCAGGUUGACUCUCCUCAGGUGUGUCUUCAUGCGAUUGGCCACCAUUUGUGCGCUGGUGUUUACCCUGGGGUCCAAGAUAACCUUCUGUGACAAUGAGGAUUGUCGAGUCUGUGGCUAUAACCACAAACUCUAUCCAUGCUGGGAGAAUCAAUUUGGACAAGAAAUGUAUAAGCUAACAAUCUUUGACUUGAUUAUCAAUCUUGCCGUAACUGUAUUCGUUGAAUUUCCUAGAAAGUUAUUGGUGACCUACUGUUCUUCUUGGAAAUUAAUUCGGUACUGGGGGCAACAGGAGUUUGGCAUUCCUGAUAACGUCCUGGGGAUUGUUUAUGCGCAGACAAUCUGCUGGAUUGGAUCCUUUUUCUCCCCCCUCCUCCCUGCAAUUGCAACUGUGAAGUUUAUUAUCAUCUUUUAUGUGAAAGAGAUCAGCCUGAUGUAUACCUGUAGACCCUCCACAAGGCCUUUCAGAGCAUCAAAUUCUAAUUUUUUCUUCUUGUUGGUGCUGUUAAUUGGACUGACAUUGGCCUUCAUUCCACUGGGAAUCAGCAUGACACACAUUCCAUCUUCCAAGGCCUGUGGACCCUUCACAAAUUAUAACAUCUCCUGGGACGUGGUCCCUAAGACUGUAAACACUUUUCCAAGUGCUUUGCAAACAUUAAUUCGUAGCAUCACUUCAGAAGCAUUUGCUGUGCCUUUCUUUAUUGUUAUCUGCCUCAUCAUGUUCUACUUCAUUGCCCUGGCUGGAGCACACAAACGGGUUGUAAUUCAACUCAGAGAGCAGUUGGCUAUGGAAAGUCGAGACAAGCACUAUCUCAUUCGGAGACUUACAGCUGCUCAGGAAGAGAUGAAAAACCGACCAAGCUGAUUUUGAACACAGUUCUUUUUCCUUCCAAGCCAACUGAGCUACCAUACUGAACCUCCAAAACUCAUCUGUAGAAUUUUGUACAAAUACUAAAUGUAUUUUUCUAGAAUUCAGGCAUUUUCUGCACUGUGAUACUAUUAUUGCUGCUGUACUUUUGGAUUAUGUCAGUGUUUACAUAACCAAUUUCUAUUUGAGGAUUUUGUAACCUGUAACAACAGUUUGAACUGAGACUGUGCUUGUAGAAUCUCAGCUCAGUGACUAUGAAAAAUCUUUUAGGCUUAGGCUAUUUAAGUUUUUGCAAGGGAAGAGGGAACAAAGAGAAUUUUAUCAUUUUUUCAGACAAUUUGAGAAAUUUUGUUAAGUUAAAUUUGAAGGCCAUUAGUUCAUGAUACUGGACUGAAACUAACGAGCCAAAUUCCCAUGGCAUAAAAUGAACAACUUUUCCUAUGACACUUUUUUAUACUUCAGGGUUAUGCUAACCCUACAAUAGAGGUUGCUUUGUAAAAUGAGAUAAACUCCUAAACCAUCAUGUUGUUAGCAGUUGGUAAGAAAAUUGGAAACAGUCAUAUAACUAGCAUUAAACUUUUAAAUUUUAGCCCCAGUUUGGUAAGAUGAGAUGCAAAAAUGUCCAUCAUCUUACAUAUGAAGCUCCUGCAUGACUUAAAAUUAUUUUUAGAUAAGAUAAUAGAUAACACUAGCCAUGCUUUCUAACUUCUAUGGCAGUGGAGGGGUAAAACAGGAAUUUGUUUCAAGGAAAUAGAUGCCCUUUGAACUUUUACCUCUCUUUUAGGGCUGAUCUGUGUUUUCUGGGAAUAACACCUGUUGUUUCUAAAAGUGGAAGAAGGUAGAGUUUUCCUUAAUUCUCUAAAGUCUAUUUCCUUUUAUGUUUUGUAGUCAGUACUUUUAAAGAACAUUUCAAGCUUCAGAAAUGUUCUGGGAAGCAUGUUUGGAUUUUGGGUUUUUUUUUUUUUGGAAGGAUGUUUUAGGACGUGUUUUAUAUUUCUGUUUGGCUAUGGAUAUGUGCUUUGGGAUUAUGCUGUCACACCUUUCACUUCAUGCUAAAUCCCUCUUACUCCAGAUUGCAAUACAACCUAACUCUCUCAGAGCCUUUUCAGAUACAACAGUUUUAAAAAUGUACUCAACUAGAUUUUUGAGGAGGAGUUUAGCUUCCUUAUAACACAUACAAGCACAUUUCAAAGUAUUUUUUAUUUGUUUAUAAUAUUUAUAAUUUUUCUGUACAUGUACAUGUAUUUAAUGAAAUAUGACAGGAAAUGAUUUAUAGCUCCUAUUGUAGUAAAAAUAAGAAAUAGAUGCCUUGAAAUUCACUAAUAUUUGGCAUUAAAGAGUUAUUCUUUUGAGUUAUUCCAUGGCUUAUCAACUAAUACAACAUUUUCAAAAAGGAGGGUUAAGGUCUAAAUCUUUUUAAUAUAUGCAAAUCUUAUUAAAGCAGCUUGUUUUCAUUUAGUGUCUUCAGGCUUUUUUUUUUCCGGUGUGGUUAUAAUUGUUUUUCAAAGGCUAUUUUAGUGAUAAUUUGGUGCUGUUUUUCUUUUUUUUCAAACACACUUUAGGUAGUAGCCUGAAUUUCAGAAGAGGCUGAUGAAGUUUUAUAGAAAUGAUUGCUGAUGCUGAAGAAUAUUGUUCAAGGAUAAUUUCUUCCUUUUAUAGACGAUUGAUCCUUGUUUAUAGAAGCAUUUUCUGGUGUCUUGCCACAGAGUGCUUCCCCUUUCUGAGUGUAAUCCCACUGCCAACCAACUGUUGUUUCCUUCUAAUUCCACCAAGCUAGUUUAUAAUGAAAAGUAGUUUAAGAUUGACUUGAGUUGCAGCAGGGAUUUCUAACUCUUAUCUUGUGAUGACUACCAGAAGCAGGAGGUUUUCAGGAACCAUCUUUCUUAAGGCCUUCUGCCUUGUAUUCUUACCAAUACAGGCUGCUUUUGAGUAUGCAGAGGUUCAUUAUCCUCACUGAAAAGAGGAACUGCAUCCAUUUCUCACCACUGUCAACAUUAUUAGCAAGGCUAAUUCCUAUAGUUCCUGACAAGUGCUGUUUUCUGCUCUUUAUUAAUGGAAAAGCUCAAAAUGAAGAAUUACUGGGUUGUUUUUUUUCACUGUUUAAGAAAUGCUGAUUAAUGUAUUGUAGUGAAAUGUUGACUUUUGUAAAUAUUACUUGGAAUUUUUUGUCAAAUUGUAACUUCUGGUUAGAGCUGUAGGAUUAAAAGUAUAGCUCUUCUCUACUUACUGUGUAUUAAAACUAUUAAUAAAAAACAAAAUAUUUGAAAUCUUAGAAUGAUUACAUGUAUGUUUAGACUCAGGGUUAUUCUGUAAGGAAAAGAUCCUGGAAAUCUAUUAGUUUUUAGUUACCCUUUUGCCUUCUCAUGGAAGUAAGUAGAGAGUCUACUGUUAUCUUCAAACAAAAGCUUUCCAGUGACCAGUUAGAGAUUUUCUUUUUGGUGGAGGGAAAGGGAGAGUAGUUUUUAGAUGUUCCUGAAAACAUCUAUUUAUCCAAUCCAAUCAAAUCACACCUAAAGCUCUAGCCAUCAAAGUAGUUCUGGUUUCUUCUCACCAAAGAAAGAGAAAUCUAGUCUUUAGUUGGCAUUCUUCCACAGAGUGGUGAAGUGUAGAUUUUUGCAUUGGAAAACCUGAUAUUAUUUACCUGACCAUAUUCAUUCAACAAAUAUUUAAAUAAGGCACUGUACUGAAGGAAUAGGCAACUAUGUCCCCAUACCAACAUGGUAACAUAGAGAAGUAAGCUUCUGAACUUAUCUUCCUUACAUGGAACACUGUCAGCCUGUUUCAAUUCAAUUAUAUUCUAUUCAGUUAAAUAUUAAGUGCCUAAUUUGUUGAAGAACCAGAGGAAAAAUGGCAGCCUCCACUCUCAAAUGAAUUGAUGGUUGUGUUGGUAGGUUUUGCUUAACCAUUUUUCUAUUAUAAGGGGAGACUCAUGGGGGAAUGUGGGAAGUAAAUAUAUCCAGAAAUCACUGUGAUAUAAAAACAAAAGGCAUGAAUAAACUUUCAAAGAAAGAAAAUAAGUACUGGAGGGGAGAUGCCAGAAGUACAAAGAAAAUUUAAGUGUAGGGUAUGGUGGUGGCAAGGAGGGAACUAAAGUGCUCUUGGAAAAUUUGAAGAGAACACUUUUAAAAAAUGGAGGGAGACAGGUGAUCUAACCUUUAAAGAGAAAUUUAGGCUCAAAUAUACAAUGGAAAAAAUGGUUAUGUCAGAAAUAUUAUAUUGGAGAAAAGGAUUCCUUCCUUUCCCCACCCCACCUUUCUUUUAUUAUUUGGAGAAAUAUUCAUU